GGCAAAAUGGUCAUGAAAAGGUCUAUAUAAUCUCAGCAUCCUUUUACUGACUUGCCUCUUUACAAACAGCUGCCUGUACUUUUCUCUUCACUGUUCACUUCUGUCUUUGUUCUUUCCAAUCUGAUCUUAUUCUCAACGCCACUCCUUCUGACCGAAAUUUAAGUAUAUAAAUUAUCAUUGAGCGAUUCCAGACCGUGGAUAAAUCAAUAGUUCAGAGAAAUAAAACAAUAUGCCUUGGUUGAGUCUUUCAGUUGAUGUUUACCGAAGAGUUGUGCGCUUGAAUUUAUAUUGCAGAGUUAUUCUGUAAAUUUUUUACCCGUGUUUGAACCUUAAUUCCUUAAUCAAGUUUUUGUCAUUCUUUCUUUUAACAAUCCAUGGGACUUAAUCAGUAUUUUGUCUUUUAUUGUGAUAAUUAUAGGGUUAGUUAAGAAAAGAUUGCAGUCAGAUCUAUUUCAUAUUUAAACUUCCUUUGUUAGUUUCUGUUCUAGCCAUAUACCCGUAAGUCGUAUAAUUUUAGUUGUAUCUGUUAUCAAUCGCUAUAUCUUUCCCGGUUUCAUACUUUCACAUUGUAGAGUAUUAGUUUAUUGUCUUGUCCUUUAUUCAAAAAAAUUGAGUUGAUCGUUCAAGGGUGUAAAGAAGUUAUGGUGUGCCAAGCUGCCAGUCAAACAAGAUUUCGAGCGUUAAAAUAUGAGAAUGGAAUUGCCGGAAAACCAACAAUUAUAGUUAGAGUGAUAGCAUGCUUUAAACCUAUGGAGGAUUGCCAGGCUCAAUAUUUCCGUCAUUUGCUUAAACCUGUCACGUAGAUUAGUCCUACUUCUGCGUUAAUACUAUCAAGCUGAAAUUCUUAGUUUCAUCCUUUUUGUUCUUUGUUCCUGAAAUACAAUACGAGUAAUCGACCAUUGCAGAUAUCAGCACCAGCCAUCUUGAGGUUAUUGUUUUGGUUGGAUGGUUAAGCCACACGAAUCUUGGCUUUAUUCUCAGCAUUCUACUUGGCAAUUGCCUGAUUUGAAUUGUAUGAGCACAUCACUAGAUCCUGGGCAACCAGAGUGUUUGCCACCAUGUAUAAAUCCUGGUACGUACAUGUUUUCUGUGAACAAACCAUUGCCAGGGUUUGCAGUUCCUGGGCUAGCAAAAUUGAAGACAGAGCCAGCAAAUGGAGCUCAUAGGUUGCUUGAAGCUUUGCCCUCACAGUUACAGGCUGUGGUUCCCAAUAUGUCCCCAAAUCCUAAUGAAAAACAAUCUGCUUUUACUUUUGGGUUCAGUGGGGAGGCCAUAGCAAAUGAUAUGUUUAGGUCUUCACAGAAGGGAUUUUUAGUGUUUGAUCAGUCAGGGCAUCAAACCCGUUUAAUUUACAGUUCUUUCUGCCCUUCUGUCUUGAAUCCACCUGCUUCUUUGAGAAAACUAGGUUCCUUUUGUGGUUUGCAUGAGAACCAGGCAAUUAAAUCGGAUGAGUUUACUCCACUGAAAGCUGCUUUACAUGAAGAAUCUGAUGUGAAUAGCAUUAGUGGUGAAGAGAAUGAGAUGCAUGAAGACACUGAAGAAAUUAAUGCCCUACUUUAUUCAGAUGAAGAUAGUGACUGUAGUGAUGAUGAUGAAGUAAAGAGCACCGAUCACUCUCCACUCCAAAUUGAAGUAAGCAACAAGAAGCGUGAACAUAUAGUGGAAAUUUCAGAAGAAGUUGGUAGCUCUGACAGCCCGAACAAAAGGCUGAAAUUGUUUGAUGGGGUGUACCGAAAAGCAUCACAAACUGACACUGCUUGUUCAGUGAAACUGGAAGAAACCCAUGAAUAUGACAAUGACACAGAAUCAAGCUGCGCCAAUGACCAGACUCAAGGAGAGGAAGUGGGUUUCAUUAUGAGUAACGAACAGUGUAUCAAGGAUAAGAUCCGCAAGACAUUAAGAAUUCUGCAGAGUAUAAUUCCAAGUGUAAAGGGAAAGGAUCCUCUGUUGGUUCUUGAUGAAGCUAUAGAUUAUCUGCAGUCUUUAAAAGUUAAAGCCAAUGCUUUAGGGGUGUAACUAUCGGUAAGUUGCACUUUUGUUCUCUUAUGUUGUUCCUUGCACAAUAGUAUGUUGUUUAAAAGGUCUAGAGAAGGAUGGAAUGGUAUUAGCCCAACAACUCUUGGCUUGAAUGAUUGAUGAAUUAGAAACCACUACAACAACUAUGGUUUUGUGGGUGCUUUUUAUCUUCUUUCUUUCUUUUCUUUUUUCUCUGUUAAGAGCUGUUUUUAAUGGGAUAAUAAAGUAAAAGGAAGGAAAAAAUGGGAUGAUAACACACUUUGGAGGAAGGAAAAACAGGGUUUUGUUUGUUGACCAGGAAUGAUAAACUUUAUAAAGCUUUUGGGUGAGAUUUAUUCAAGAAAGUCACAAAGAUUUGUAAGGCAUGGGAAGAUUGAUGGUAGUGGUGGUAUGUAUUAGUAGGUGCAUUGAGAACCUCCAUGGAUUAAGUGCAUGCGCGUUAGGUAACUGGGACCCACGUUCCACCUUCUCCUUCCUUAUUGAUGUUAUGCUUUUGUCUUUUCCCUUUCCCCUAUAUCACAUCAUGUUGGUAUUAAUCUCUAUAAAUAAAGCGGGAAAAAGGUUUACUGUAUGGCCAAAGUGCAGAAGACUUACGUUUCCAUGCUGAAUUGUUGGGUCCGGAUGAUGGAGUAAAGUUUGUGGGUUUGCUUCACAUGUGAAAGCUAUGUUACCAUCCUUUUUUAUUGUGAAUUUGUUGUGAGUUUUCAAUAAUUGAAGUGAAAUGUUUUUGGUUUGGUUGUUGCCUGUUGUUAUUGUUGUUGUGGUUUCCUUUUUAUUAUUCUAUGUAUGUUUGUAUUUCUUGUCAAUCAAUGUAAUGGUGAUUCCCUUCCCUUUUAUAGGAGAAUUGUUGAGUUGGGAAUAA